UCUUCGCUGCCGAACAUCACUCAUGCUCCCCGAGCCCUGUGGAAAUUGGUAGGGCCUGCUAGCGCGCAUUUGCAGUCUGAGCUUGAGACUCUGUACUGGUAUGGCGUGAGGCUCGAGCUCGAAAAUAUCAUACGCACUUUGAAAACCUGGCAGCAAUCAGAGUAUACAGAUGUGGCAGUAGAUGAUGAGCAUGACAACAAUUUACACGGCUUUGACACAUUUAUGGAUCAGGUUACUCAGGAGACACGAGCUUUUGCGAUACGAUAUGGUAAUGUGCUGGUCUCCGACCAGGACAAGAUCUUGUCCUCUGUUAUGAACGGCACAAAAAUCAAGGAGGCUUUACGCAAAGCAAAACUCGCGCAGGUAGAAUUUCAGAGCACUAACGUUGAUGUUAAGGAUGAAGUGCGAACGAACGCAGAAGACAUUGUAUCAUCUUCCGGUAUCCAGGAGCGGGCACGUAUCCUCCUACAAGCUGCGGGGCUCCUCGAUAUCGACAAACUGAUUGAGCACCGUCCACCUUUAGAAGACCUUGGCUUCUGGGCUCGACCUGCCAUUCCGCAACUCACUCUGUCUGGUUUUGAUAGUGACUGGAAUGCCCGACUUGAGCCUCUGAAAUGCUCGGACUGCUCCAGUAUCAUUCGAGGUAGCAUGUUUACCCAUAGUGGCAAAUCGAACCAUGCAAAACAACUCACCGUCUGCGAGGACUGUUAUCGAAAACUCUAUCUUGGCAGAGAACAAUAUGUCAAAGCAUACAAGCACUGCGUUCUCGCCGAAGCCAUUACUCCUGCCCUGGGUCGGAAUAUAUGUCAUUGUGCAGACGUCUCUCGCCUCGACAGCACCGGAUUUCCAGGUGCCCUGUUUCCAAUUCCUAAGGGAGAAAGACAUGUUGCAAUUCCACUCGCGAAAAGAUGCAAAUUACUCCAACUCAACACUCGAGUCGCCCUCGCAAAAUAUCACGGUCUACAGUCUACAGUCCGUGAUCAUAGGAAGAAAGACAAAAAAAUGACGAGAUUCCGAGUCAAAUCAAAUAUUACAGCUGCACAGGGGACAUAUGAGCCAGCCAGGAAAGUGAAUUUGAGAGGAGAACCCAAUUCGAAGCAGCCGCCCUUGCAACCACAACCAGAAAAGGAAGUCCCUUUCGCUCGUGACCAGGAUGCAAACACUGCUUCAGUGAAGGAAGCCAUGGCAGACGAAGAUAUACCGUUAUUCUUUCGCCAAUUUGCCCAACAAUACCCUUUUGGCAAUGUUCAUAUGGCCUUACGAGUUGGGCCCCUGGUCGUUGAAAAUGGGGUCGCAAACACCAAGCAAGGCGCCUUAGUCACUAUUCGAGAACUAUCUACCUUCCAUGAUAGGCCUGACUCCUGCAGUCCACGCUCUCGUCAUCCUAGUUUAGCAAUUGGUGGCGACGCUAAGAGACGCCUUUGGAAGCAGCAGCAGCGCCUCGUUGGAACUCCCAAACGAUACAAAGCUAUCAUGAAACAGGUUGUCGGGGUACCCUUCACCAGCGCCCUUUCUGGGUCUUCCUAUGCUGGGCAGGAAUCUGAGAUUAUAUGGCUUAUUGUGGCGGCUAGUCGCGGUUAUUUCGACCAUCCAGGACUCCCCGUCAAGGAACAGCGCAAGAUUCUAGACACUGCGCUGGAUCAAAUAAUGACCAAACUCAAAACCCUUCUUGAGCCAAAGGUCAAUAUCUAUUUGCAGGGGAUUGCAAAGAAGUUACUCGAUCCAAGCACAACACUCACCUGGAGUGCUAUCGGUAAUAAUUGUCAAUCAUUUUGCGACUCACUCAUUGACAUGGAUUUAUUUGAACCUUUGAUUGAGAGGGCUUCGGCGGGUCAAGCUUCGGGGGCCGCAUCUCCGUUAUAUCUCAUGAGCUUUGUUUGUCCACAGGACAGCUAUCUACGUAGCCAAGUCCGCACGAAAUACGAUGUUCCUAGCGGACUGAUCGAGGAGUACCUUCUUCGCUUCCACUUCGGUCGACAUGAUGAGGCUGAUGUUCUAGACACUCUCCAGGAGUACUGGUACGACUGGGGCGCGUUUGGUGGUACAUUAUACAAGUACCAGGAUCUUUUCCCCUGGGAUUGCACGGAAGCAUAUCAGCAGCACCCCGAAUUCUGCGGAUCUUGUAAUCUCGCUAAGCAUAUCUGGGCAUUUCCAUUCGACGCUUGGUCUUUAAUCGCGUUACAUCUCCAGCGGGGUCCACAAAUGUACGCCACAGCGAAGCCAAGCAAUCGAGGAAUGAAAGAUGUUUCCUGGAUGCGUGAUCGACUUACCGUUCUCACGGCCUUGUCUCUCCUGAACCGAGGAGCGACGGCUAUGGCUCGAAGUGAAAAGUUCGUGCAAGCGACCCAAUGGCUCCAUUCUGCGGACAAGGGUCUUCGACAGGCACACCCGUCACUGACAAGGGUGAAACUGGGAGGGAUUCACCGCGCCCAACCCUAUAGCCACUAUUACGAAGCGGGGACCUACAGUCAUUACUUUCUCGCUAAGUGGGCUUCACGACCACGGCCUGAGCAGAUUCAGGAAUACGAAGCUUUGCGCAACAAGCGUGCCAGGAGGCCCGAUGUCGAUGGCAGCGGUCGUGGCGGGAGAUUCUCCUUACCCAGAACGGAAGACUCAAGAAAGGAACCGACAAAUCUAGAUUUCCUGGGAUUUGAAGGGCUUCUAUAUGACCUCGAUCAAUUGCAUACCAACGAU